UUUAUUCCCCCCCUGAAAGCCAUCAUUUAAAUGCCUUCUGCUAUCAUGAGGAGGAUCCUCCGCGUCCCCAACCGAUCAGUGAUCGCAGUUCUGUUCCUGUUCUCCCUGUCCUCCUCAUUCUUAUAUUUUAUAUACGUCGCUCCAGGAAUAGUGAAUACUUACCUCUUCAUGAUGCAAGCUCAAGGGAUCAUCAUCAGGCAGAACGUGAGAACCAUAGGAGCUCAGGUGUACGAGCAGGUGUUGAGGGGCGCGUAUGCCCGGAGGAACAGCAGCAGCAACGGUACAGAUUAUCCUUUUGAUUUUAAUCAUAACGAGUCCUAUCUUCAGACGACUACUUUCCUGCCGGAAGAUUUUACCUACCUUCCCAACCAGCUCUGCCCAGAAAGACUUCCGUCUAUGAAAGGGCCGAUGGACGUUAACAUGAGCGAAAUUGUAAUGAGUGACGUUUACCAGCUUUUUGAAAAGGAGUCAAUCAAGCCAGGAGGUCACUGGAAGCCGAGCGAUUGCAUCCCACGGUGGAAGGUGGCCAUCCUCAUCCCGUUUCGGAAUCGCCACGAGCACCUUCCGGUUCUUUUUAAACAUCUCAUCCCCAUGCUCCAGAGGCAGCGUCUGCAGUUUGCUUUCUAUGUGAUCGAGCAGGCCGGGAACCAGCCGUUUAAUCGAGCGAUGCUUUUUAACGUUGGCUUCAAGGAAGCAAUGAAAGACCUCGACUGGGAUUGUGUUAUAUUUCAUGACGUAGACCACAUACCGGAAAACGAUCGGAAUUAUUAUGGUUGCCAGAAUAUGCCUCGCCAUUUUGCUGCUAAAUUGGAUAAAUAUAUGUAUCUGCUUCCUUACAACGAGUUUUUCGGUGGCGUGAGUGGCUUAACGGUGGAACAAUUUCGGAAGAUCAAUGGUUUCCCCAACGCGUUCUGGGGAUGGGGCGGUGAAGAUGAUGACCUCUGGAAUAGGGUACAAAAUGCAGGGUACAGCGUCACACGGCCGGAAGGUGAUGUGGGAAAAUACAAAUCCAUUCCUCAUCACCAUCGAGGCGAGGUCCAGUUCCUUGGACGAUAUGCAUUGCUAAGAAGAUCAAAGGAAAGACAAAGUAUGGACGGUCUAAAUAACUUGAACUAUCAUCCAAAUAUUACGUACAGUACCUUUUAUAAAAACAUUACUGUAAGCCUAACUCCGGAGCUGGCUCUGGUGACCGAUUAUUAAUUGCAGCAGAAGAUGCGUCUUUAGUUUUUAUUACAUUUUUU